AUGGCCAGGUGGGACGGAGAGGAAGGGUCACGUGACCUCUUGUCAGGUGGAAGACCUCUGGCUGGAGGGCCUCGCACCAGGUACUCGCAUGCCGUAAGGAACCUUUACGACUCCGACCCUGACGACCCCAGACCAUCAACUUCGGGAGAGGGCCCGAGACGGUUGAGGAAUGCUCCGGAGUCUCACUUCUACCUCUAUGAGACCGCGUCUGACUCCGACUGGGAUAUGGAUGUUGACGAUUCUGACGACGAUGCCGACUACUCGCCGGAGGCAACGGAGAGCGACGCCGACUGGGAGGAGUUUGAUUACGUGUCGUCGCAUGACACGUCCAUCGACUCCGACGAGCCGUUGUCAGCUGUUGCACGUCGGUUUGCUAUGAGGAACGCUCCAGGGACUCCGGGUUUCGUCUGGAAGAAGAAGAGGCCUUUCGUGCGCCGUCACCCCUUCCAGGGCGUCCCAGGGGUCGAAGAAGCAUGCCUCCUGCAUGCCGACUCGACGGCAAGAGAGAUCUUGGACUGCUUCCUGACACCGGAAUUGUGGGACACUAUGACGAGGGAGACCAACCGGUAUGUGCAGAGGCCGGUCACCCCAUCUUCACACAUGAAGACUUGGGAGAAUACGACUGUGGAGGAGCUGCAGUCAUUCAUUGGCCUCCGCCUGCUCAUGGGCCUGCAGCCGCGACCGCAUUCGCGGUAUUAUUGGUCGAAGAACCGGUUGCUUUCCUCGUCUGUGUUCCCUGAAACGAUGACCAGGGAUAGAUUUGAUUUACUGCAAAGUCGGCUUCACUUCUCGGACAACGAGGACCCCCGUGCCGACACCGACCGUCUGUGGAAGCUGCGACCGGUGUUGGAUAUCCUCGAUACGACGUUCAAGACGGUCUAUAUCCCUGACAGGAAAAUCGUGGUUGAUGAGUCGCUGUGGGCGUUCAGGGGACGUCACCACGCGAUUCAAUUCAACCCGACGAAGAGGGCGCGGUUCGGGAUGAAGGUAUAUCGCCUGUGCGAGAGUGAUGGUGCUGGUGCUGGCUACACCAGUGCCUUCAAUGUCUACAUGGGCCAGGACCGCGGCGACGUACCUGCCAGCAUGAAGGCUGUGACCGACCUCAUGAACCGCGCCUGCUUCUUCGAGAAGGGUUACGAGCUGUACUUGGACAACUGGUACAGCUCCCCGGAACUUUUCCAUUACCUGUCAUCAAGGAAGACGAACGCCGUGGGAACAGUUCGGCUGAACCGCAAGUUCAUGCCGAAGGACCUCAAGGUGAGCGCCCGCGGCGACGUCGACUUCCGGACUUCGGCGACGGGGAUGUUGGCUAUGUCUUGGAUGGAUCGGAAGCCGGUGCAUAUGCUUUCUACCAUCCACGGCCCAGACAUGGUUGAACCUGCCCCCAAAUCGCCGUGGUAUAGUCCGGACGAAGCCCCAAGCCGUCGUUGA